UCUAGUUCGCGCAUGCUACCGACGUGCUGCUGCAUCCUGCUUACAGUCGGCUCUUCUCGCUCUGGAAUCGUCUGUACUGUCUCUGAGUUCAAGAAUCUCCUGAAACCGUCGGGUAUCUGCCGAGAUCAGUCAAGUCGACCUACCUCCCACGCGCUUACAUGCACGAUUCUCUGCAAUGAAUGCCAGACGGCGUUCAACCAUUUCUGGACCAUCUAAUGACCCGGAUUCACGCCGAAAGACACCGACCGCUGUGUCAAGGGAUGAGGGCGAGAAAGAGAAGCUCGUGCAGGAUGACAGUGUCGAGCGUGAGCGUGCUAUACUGGUGCAGCAGCGGCAGACGGAGCUGGACAACGUCUUCAAUACGCAUGAUACCCUGGUUCGCGAAGCCUUUCAUCUCGAGAAGUUCGUCACUUUGUUGUCAUAUGAUCCCAAGGUUGCAAAGGAUGACAAUUCGGCUGUGUUCAAAGAGUACCAAGGGCGAUAUGACCUUAUCGACCAUUCGUCAUCCGUCGGGCUCUCCCGCCAGACGCGAAGGUCUCACACGGAGCGGCUACAGUCGCUCAAGCAUUCGUCAAAUGCUCAUUCUACUCCUCAAAGUGGACGUAUCAGGACGGCCUCCGCGGCAGGCAAGCAGAAGGCGGACAUGCCGCCUCCGGGCUUGCCGGCCAGUUCAAGUACCAAUGGUAGUCGAAAGGGGAAGGAGAAGGCGAAAGCUCUUGAGAACCCAGAGUCGCCUCCAUCACGUACAGGCAAGCGUGGCGGGGAGACUGCAGGUCCGUUGGGUGCGCAGCCUCCCAACAAGAAACGACGGUUAUCCAAUGGCCACAUCCCCAAUUCACCUGAGUCAAUCUCUGCGAUCUCGAGGCGUGCACCUGCAUCGGAUCGCACGAGGGAAUCGCCAUGGCAUCGACCUCUUGAGCCAUCCUCACACGUCAAAUCCACAGUUAGACGCAUCAAGCUCAUUGUGCGCCGCCCGGACCCCGUUUAUUCCAGUCCGCUUCAAAGGCCACCGCUGCCGCGCUACGGAGAGUCUCUGUCCGACUUUCUAUCAUCAUUCGCCGUGCUCGAUGGCAAAGAGCUGGACGCGACCGAGUUGCAAGAGCUCGCUCGCAAAGAGGCAGCAUUCUUAAACCGUGUCGACAGGUUGCAUAAAGAGGGGCGGUUUUUCCCUACCAGCCGGUCUGAUGACACCGUAGGCAGAUCGAGGAGCCCGUCCGAUUUGUAUGAUCAACAUGAGGACCCCUGGGCUCAUGUGCUCGAUGCCGUCAAGGCGAAAGCAUUGCAUCGUCCACUUACCGGCCAUCAGGUCGCGGCACAAGUUGCGAGCAGGAUGCGGGCAUAUUGGGAGAGUCGGGCUGUCAAAGAGGACAAGAUAAAGGUGCAGGAGGAGAAGCGCUUGCGCGCGCUAGCAAAAGCAACGGUGAAGAUGGUGGUCGCGGAGUGGAAGAAGGCUGUCUAUCAUGUUCGACAAGAAGAGAGGCUGAAACGAGAGGAGGAAGAGCGCAGGCGCGGCCACGAGCACCUAGAUGCGAUCCUCGAUCAAUCUGGCCAGAUUCUGGAGGCACAGCAGCUUGAGCUGACAAAGGCGGCUUCAUACAGUCGGUCGAGCAGCGUCUCCACGACGUUCGGGCAUUGGGCUGCAUCUCCGGAGCCGGAUGACGCGUCCUCAGAUGGAGGGGAGGGCGUCGAAAAUGAUGAAGAGACGGAAGCUGAAGAUGAUGAAGGUGCGGACGAGAACGUCCAAGACGUCGAUGCGAGUCUGUUACUCGUCGGAGGAUCUGAAUUCCAUUUUGACGAGGACUCUCGGUCCAUCUCCAUGGAUAUCAGUACGAGCCGGAGCGCAAGUGUCUCGCAGCCGCCAGAUACUCCGCUGCCCGUCGAGUUGGAUGACGUCGAUGUUCAUAGCGAGGCUGUCAGUAGCCGUGCUCUGUCCGUCGAAUUCGCGAUUCCUGAAGGCCAUUACCGAAAUUUCUCUACUUCCAUCCGUGAAGAGGAUGAGAGGCCAAAAACGUCGACUUAUCGUGAAGAAGAAUCAAGCACAGUUUUCGCACUGUCGCCAACCUCGCCGGGGUUCUCGACGAUCGUUAACGAUGCAGCAUAUACCAACGGAUACAGCAAACUGGGACGUGCAAACGAAUCUCUCUUUCGAGCGGCUCCAGAUGACGCUCUCGAACCGACAACAAAAUCUUUCGCGAAUGAACCGACGGGACAGCUCAACCAGACUCUUACUGCUUCUGCUGCGUCCGGCGGUACACUGACGGCACUCACGUCCAAAGAGGAAGUUUCCACAUCCACGCUUUCUGUCAAUAGCAGCGCAGAUGUAGUGGAUUACAAGGUGCCAUUAGAUGGUGCUUUCGACGAUCGAACUGUAGAUCGUGAUGUUACCCGCGAUAGCGAUAUGGAAGAAGACGUCUCGAUUCCUUCGUAUCUCAGGCCCUUCGCUGUUACCCCCGUCGAGUGGGAUUCUGAUUCCAAGAUCAAGACACCCUUUCUGUUGCGCGGGACUCUUCGUCCAUACCAAUUUACUGGCCUUGAGUGGUUGGCUACUCUCCAUUCGAACAAUCUCAAUGGUAUUCUGGCGGACGAGAUGGGUUUAGGCAAGACGAUCCAGACAAUAUCUCUCCUUGCUCACCUCGCCUGCGACCGCGGAAUAUGGGGCCCGCAUCUCAUCAUUGUUCCCACUAGUGUGCUGUUGAAUUGGGAGAUGGAAUUCAAGAAGUUUCUUCCCGGGUUCAAGGUGCUGAGCUAUCACGGCAACACCAAGCGUAGGAAAGAGCUGCGGCAGGGAUGGAAUAACAAGUACCAUUUCAACGUCUGCGUGACUUCAUAUACGCUUGCAAGCCGUGACGCCCAUGUAUUCAAACGGAAAGCUUGGUACUACAUGAUCCUCGAUGAGGCCCACAUGAUCAAGAACUUCAAGUCUCAGCGGUGGAACACUUUGCUUAUGUUCCGAUCCUUCCGUCGUCUGCUCCUCACCGGUACCCCACUGCAGAACAAUCUCACAGAGCUAUGGGCAUUGUUGCAGUUCCUUAUGUCAGGGACAAACUUUGCCAACCUGAAGGAGUUCGGGGAAUGGUUCUCAAAUCCCCUGGAAAAAGCGAUCGAGAUGGGCACCAUGGAUGACGAGACGCAACAGCGAGUAACGAAGCUGCACACCGUCCUUAGACCGUACUUGCUGAGGCGACUCAAGCGGGACGUAGAGAAAGAGCUGCCGCAGAAGUUCGAACACCUUUUAAUGUGCCCGCUAUCAAAACGGCAACGUUUCCUGUACGACGAGUUCAUGGCUCGUGCUGAGACACGGCAUGACUUGCAAUCCGGUGUGUACCAGAAAGUCGCGAACAUCCUCAUGCAGUUGCGAAAGGUGGUCAACCAUCCCGAUCUCUUUGAGGUACGCCCGAUCGUAACGUCUUUUGCGAUGGAGCGGUCCGCCAUCGCAAAUUACGAGAUCAAGGAGUUUUUGGUCCGUCGAGACCUGCUUCGUUGCCGGGAUGAGGACAAGCCAAACCUCGAUCUCCUCGGACUUCAGUUCAUUCAGCAACAGAAUACCUCCAAAAUCGCUGCUGAAGAAAUGCGUCGUCUAGACGGCACACAGCACCUGCCGAUGAUCACCGAGCUCCCAGGCGAACCUCCUCCCCAUGACACGCGCACAAUUGCAGGCUAUAAGCGUUUUCGGGCCUGGCAGCAGCGAGCUGCCCAGAUCGCACGAUGGUCGCAUAUCGCGUACCUCAACAGACUUCGAAUUGGGCGCGAGCCGCUGUAUAGCCAGGAGUUGUUUGAAGCGACGAAUCGAUUCUAUGAGCCAUUACUACCUUUGUCAAACAUGGACAUGCGCAGAUGGGAUUCCGUCGAAGCCAUCCCUCGCAUGAUCAAGUCAUAUAUCGAACGAGCAGACGAAAUGGCCAGCGUCAUUGACAGGUUUACCUUUGUGACGCCGGCCGUGAUCGCUCGCGACAUGCCUGCCAUCACAUUGGCUGGUCACGAAGGAGAAGUAUACCGCAUGCAGUCGAAGCCUGAGUUCGACGGAGUCUUGCACCGCGCAAGUGUCAAGUUGCAAAUCGCCUUCCCUGAUCCAUCUCUUCUUCAGUAUGACUGCGGCAAGUUGCAAGAACUAGCUUAUCUAUUGCGCGAACGAAAAGCAGGUGGUCAUCGCAUUCUCAUAUUCACCCAGAUGACUCGCAUACUCGACAUACUGGAGGUUUUUCUCAAUUUCCAUGGUUAUUUGUAUCUACGAUUAGAUGGUGCAACCAAAAUUGAAGAUCGGCAGUACAUUACAGAACGAUUUAACUCAGACCCUCGGAUCUUUUGCUUCAUCUCUUCCUCAAGAUCAGGAGGUGUUGGUAUAAAUUUGACAGGUGCGGAUACUGUCAUAUUCUAUGACAGCGACUUCAACCCACAGAUGGAUCGUCAAUGCGAAGACAGAGCACAUCGGAUUGGUCAAAUACGUGAUGUGCAUAUAUAUCGGUUUGUUUCCGAGCAUACCGUCGAAGAGGCGCUUCUUCGCAAGGCGAACCAGAAAAGGUCACUGGACGACAUCGUUAUUCAGCGGGGCGAAUUCGACUGGCGAACACUGUUCACGGACGAAACGGCUUUGACGAAAGCUCUGGGCGAGUUUGAGGAUUCGGAGGAUGCCCAUGCGGCCGCUGUCGCUGCCAAGGAAGAAGUAGCUAUGGUCGGUGCAGAUGAGGCCGAUUUUGGUGUGGAAGGCGGCGGCGAUGGUGCAAUCCCCGAUACGCUGCAUACUGAGGAGCCGGAAGCGACAACUGCGGCCACAAACGGAGACUUACAGCUACCUCCGCCUAUCACAGCGGCAGAUGAUGAAACACAGGUUACGGAGGAUGAGGAGAACGAAGAGGAGGGAGGCACUAUCGUCGAUUACAUGCUUGCUGUUGUACGAUCUGACUCGGAUUUCUUUGGAGAUUGGCGUCUCUAGGUUGUAUCUACUGCUAUCACAUCUGCGAGCUGUUGUUAUACUUGCAAAAAGCCCACUGAUUCUGCGCCGUCAUCCUGGUUCAUGCAUGACCACUACUGUCCAUGAAUUACAUAGAUCUGA